AAUUAGGAAUAUAAGUUUUUUAUAAUUGGGAUCAUAAUUAGAUCAACCCAUAUGAUCUGUGAUUAGAUGGAUAAAGUCUGGAUCUUAUUUAAUCUGGGUGCUCGAUAGAUUUAAGGUUUAUUUUCACUUUGGCACCCCAGAAUUUAUUCAUUUUUCCACUUUGGUACCCUCAAGUAUUAUUUUGAAGACUUUGAUGCCCCCAGAGUUGUAAUUCCAUUUCACAAUUGAUUUUCUUGGUUACAUUUCGUUAGAUGUUUUGUUAAAUUUGUGUAACAUUUGGAUCUAUUUUAGCCAAUGGCUUGAGAUCCAGACAACCAAAUGUUAGGAUAAAAAGUGCAAACCAUUUGAUAUAAAUUUAGCACGAAAUCUAAUGAAAUUUGGACGAAGGUAUCAAAGUGAAAUAUGACUGAAAUGUUGGAGAAUCAAAGUGUUUGGAUAUAAUGCAUACUAUCAUUUAUUUGGGAAUGAUCUUGUGAGUUAGUGUUUAGUUUCUAAGUCUCCAAGUUAUUUGCUCCUUCAGAUCCUCAGUAUUUUGCUUUUGAAAGAGAAAACCCUAGAAUUCACAUCGACAUGACCACUGGCCAGCUAAUUGAAGUCAACCCGCCUGAACUCAGAUUCCCAUUUGAAUUAGAGAAGGAGAUCUCUUGUUCUAUUCUGUUAUCCAACAAAACCGAUGACCACAUUGCUUUUAAGGUUAUGACAAGUAGCCGGGAUUGCAUAAUUUGGCCUAACAGAGAUAUCCUCUUGCCACGAUCCACAUGCAAAGUCGAAGUUACGAAGUUUGAGCAAAGUGAAGCACCACCUGACAUGCAAUGCGAAGACUUAUUUGUUAUUAAGAGCAUCGUCACCUUCCCAGGAGCUACUAGGGAUGACCUUAGACCUGAGACGGUAAACCCUUUAAUUAAAUAAUAUAGCUAUAAAUUUGUUUUAAUUUGGGUCUAUCAUGCAGUAUAUGUUUUGGAAACUGAAGUAAUUAGACACUUAGUGAAGGUGUAUUUGUUUGUUUAUUUUGAUUUAGGAGGACUUUUAUGUUCUUUGGUCAUUUUGAAUUAGGAUUGUGAAUUAAAUUGUCUAGUUAUUAAUUAUAGUUGUGUUUAAUGCAAAUUUUGGUUUCAAGUGGUUUACUAAUUGUGAGAGAUCAUGCCAUACCCGACUCUCGAUCUUAACUAGGGUACAUGCGUGACAGUAUAUAUUUUUACUAAAACUGACACAAAUAUGCAUGAAAGGAUAUAAUUUUACUAAAACUGACACAUAAUACGAACUAUAAGAAGUGGGUGAAUGGACCUAAGGAGGUUACAUACACUUUCUUUGGGCAAUAAAAUUUGGGAUUCAUUGAUGAAAAUAUAAUUUGGCGGUUUAUCGAUAUUAGUCCAUUAAAUCUUUAAUAAUUUGAUUUUUGUUUCUCAAGUCUUCAUAUUUUGAUAUUGGUCCUUCAAAUCUUCAUAUUAUGUUGAUGCUAGUCCCUAUGGUUAGUUAGGGUUAUG